AGACUCCAGAGAAGAGGCGCUGGGUGAAUACUACAUGAGGAAAUACGCCAAGACCUCUGGAGGAGAGCAUUUCGCUGGAGGGUCGGAGGAGCUUUCUGAUGACAUCACACAGCAGCAGCUACUUCCUGGAGUCAAGGAUCCCAAUCUGUGGACGGUCAAGUGUAAGAUUGGAGAGGAGAGGGCGACGGCCAUCGCUCUGAUGAGGAAGUUCGUCGCCUACCAGUUCACCGACACGCCGCUGCAGAUAAAGUCGGUGGUGGCCCCGGAUCACGUGAAAGGCUACAUCUACGUGGAGUCGUACAAACAGACGCACGUGAAGGCGGCCAUCGAGGGCAUCGGGAACCUGAGGAUGGGUCUGUGGAACCAGCAGAUGGUGCCGAUCAAAGAGAUGACCGACGUGCUGAAGGUCGUCAAGGAGGUCACCAACCUCAAGCCCAAGUCCUGGGUGCGGCUCAAGAGAGGCCUGUACAAGGACGACAUCGCUCAGGUGGACUACGUGGAGCCGAGUCAGAACACCAUCUCUCUGAAGAUGAUUCCCCGCAUAGACCUGGACCGCAUCAAGGCCAAGAUGAGCCUGAAAGACUGGUUCGCUAAGAGGAAGAAGUUCAAGAGACCCGCUCAGAGGCUGUUUGAUGCUGAGAAGAUCAGGUCCCUCGGGGGGGAGGUCAGCCACGAUGGAGACUUCAUGAUCUUCGAGGCGAACCGUUACAGCCGGAAAGGAUUUCUGUUCAAGAGCUUCGCCAUGUCUGCUGUGAUCACAGACGGAGUGAAACCCACUCUCUCUGAGCUGGAGAAGUUUGAGGAUCAACCUGACGGCAUCGACCUGGAGGUGGUCACUGAGUCAGGUAAGGAGCGUGAACACAACCUGCAGGCUGGAGACAACGUGGAGGUGUGUGAGGGAGAGCUGAUCAACCUGCAGGGAAAAAUCCUCAGUGUGGACGGAAACAAGAUCACCAUCAUGCCCAAACACGAAGACCUGAAGGACCCCCUGGAGUUCCCGGCUCACGAGUUGAGGAAAUAUUUCCGUAUGGGCGACCACGUGAAGGUGAUCGCGGGUCGAUACGAGGGCGACACCGGCCUCAUCGUCAGGGUGGAGGAGAACUUCGUCAUCCUCUUCUCUGACCUCACCAUGCACGAGUUGAAGGUGUUACCCAGAGACCUGCAGCUCUGCUCGGAGACGGCUUCCGGGGUGGAUGCGGGGGGGCAGCACGAGUGGGGGGAGCUGGUGCAGCUCGACCCUCAGACGGUCGGGGUCAUCGUCCGUCUGGAGAGGGAGACGUUCCAGGUGCUGAACAUGCACGGGAAGGUGAUGACGGUGAAGCAUCAGUCGGUGAACCGCAGGAAGGACAACCGCUUCGCCGUGGCUCUGGACUCGGAGCAGAACAACAUCCACGUCAAGGACAUCGUCAAGGUCAUCGACGGCCCACACUCGGGUCGCGAGGGGGAGAUCCGUCAUCUGUUCAGAGGAUUCGCCUUCCUCCACUGUAAGAAGCUGGUGGAGAACGGAGGCAUGUUCGUCUGCAAGACCCGACACCUGGUGCUGGCCGGAGGGUCAAAGCCCAGAGACGUGACCAACUUCACGGUGGGAGGGUUCGCUCCCAUGAGUCCUCGCAUCACCAGCCCCAUGCACCACGGGGGAGGAAGUUCUCCACAGAGAGGAGGUGGUGGAGGAGGAGGAGGAGGAGGAGGUGGGGGGGGAGGAGGAGGAGGAAUGGGGCGGGGCCGAGGACGAAGAGACAACGAUCUGAUUGGUCAAACCGUCCGCAUCUCGCAGGGUCCUUACAAAGGUGAGACACUGGAGACAUUAAUACAGAUUAUUAAGGUGUUAUUAUUUUUAAUAUUAAACUCCAGUGGUGGAAAUGAAUUUUUUAAAGAUUAUUUCUGGCAUUUGUCAUCAUGUAUCAUACUUUAUUUUGCAAACAUUUAAACAUAUUUAAAACUU